UCGCAGUAGUAUCUCACAACAAAUAUGUCGUCGUGGUGGGGAGUACGUUUUCCCGUUCGCCGUUUCGCAUAUUUCUUCCCCCGCAUUAUUAUCAUGUAGUUUGGCAUAGGUGAACUCUUGUAUGUUUGUUUCCUCGACAGAGAAAAGCACAGGUGUGUAUGCGUGUCUUACGUGCGAAUACGUGUUAAUACAAUUGUUAAUUAAGGAAGAAGUUGUUCGCAUCAAAGGCGACGGGAAUCGUCUCGUACUCAGGGAUAAAGCGCGAUGAGACGAUGCGCGAGUUACUUCUCUUCCUCGGUAAUUAGAACGAUUAUUUAAUCAUGUCCAAUUCGCGAGGAACCAGAGAGGAUCGUGGGCAGCCAACGGCGUGAGUCUCGCGAUUAACGGACAGCCUGACACGGAAAGACGGAAGGAAAAAGGAAGGAAGGAAGAGGAGGGUAGCAGGGUAGCAAGAUGGCGGGGUCCUUAACGUGGUCAUGUACUUGUUGCCUGCGGUUCAAGUUCAGCCCCGAGGAGAUCGAGCAGCGUUACAAGAGUCAGGAGAUCGAUCGGAUGCUGGAGAAAGAUCGUCAAGCUCUCCGACGACAGGUCAAGCUGCUGCUCCUCGGGGCAGGCGAGAGCGGAAAGUCGACAUUCCUUAAACAGAUGCGAAUUAUUCAUGGAAUUAAAUUCGAGCCUGAAUUGAUCAAAGAAUACCAACAUGUAAUUUAUCAAAAUAUAAUAAAAGGAAUGAAGGUAUUGGUGGAUGCUCGUGACAAAUUGAAUAUUCCAUGGGAAAACUCUAAAAACUAUGAUAUUGGUUAUCAAUUACUCAAAUUUGAAAAUACUAUGGUAUUAGAUGCUAAGUUAUUUCUUCAUUAUGUGCCAGCUUUACAAAGUUUAUGGAAAGAUGCGUCCAUUAGGAAAGCUUUUGAUAGACGGAGAGAAUUUCAAUUAAGUGAUUCAGUUCAAUAUUUCUUGGACAAUCUUGACAGAAUUGCAAGGAUGGAUUAUGUACCUACACAUCAGGAUAUCUUACAUUGUAGGAAAGCUACAAAAGGAAUUUCAGAAUUUGUUAUACAAAUUAAUAAUAUACCAUUCUUGUUUGUCGAUGUUGGAGGACAGAGAUCUCAACGACAAAAGUGGUAUCAAUGUUUCGAUUGUGUUACUUCUAUACUUUUUCUUGUGUCAUCAUCUGAAUUUGAUCAAGUAUUGUUAGAAGACAGGAGAACUAAUCGAUUGGAAGAAUCGAGAAAUAUUUUUGACACGAUAGUCAAUAAUAUGAUAUUUGGUGGAGUGUCUAUCAUCUUGUUUUUAAAUAAAACUGAUUUGUUAGACAAAAAAGUGAGAUCACCUGAUACAAACGUUCGUUGGUAUUUUCCUCAAUUUGCAGGAGAUUCGCAUUCUAUGAAGGAUGUGCAAAAUUUUAUAUUGGAAAUGUUUAUAUCUGUGAAAAGGGACCCGAGAAAACCCCUAUUUCAUCAUUUUACAACUGCAGUGGAUACAGAGAACAUAAAAGUUGUAUUUAAUGCAGUUAAAGAUACAAUUUUGCAUAGAAAUUUGGAAUCGCUCAUGCUCCAAUAAUAAUAGAUGUAUGUACAUAUAUAGAAAGUGAAACUAUUUCCGAUCCGAAGGUAUGCAUUCAACAUUUAGUGCUUGAGAUACAGUAAACUGAAGGUGUAGUUCAUGUAAGGAUUAGGACAUUAAUUAGAAAGAAAAAUGUUCUGGUAAGACAAUACCAAUGUGUGUGUACCAAUGUAAAUCUCAUGAUUACCUCCGUUUAUAACGGUAAACUAAACUUUUUUAUAAUAGUUUUAUACAUCAAGGGAAGUAAAAACUGCCUAACGAAAAUAUACAUUGAAAAUUUUUACACACAUGUAUAUGUACAUGUGUGUAUACACAUAUGUAUAUGUACAUACAUGUAUAUGAAUGUUGUAUAUGUUUUGAUAAAACGUUUCCAUCCUUUUUUAUAAAUAUUAAAGGGUUGUAAGAAGACUAUUAUAUAUACAAUAUAUUGUACAUAGUAACUUGUAUUCUAUACAUUGUCAAUAUUAAUGCUUUUACAUAUUUGUAUAAAAAAGGAUCAGUUUGCUAAUAGUUUAAGUAAGAUUUUCUAUUUUGUACAGAUAUUUAAUCCGAUGCUUUCUCUUUUAUAUUAAAAUGUAAUGAAAAUACUGGUGAUAUAACCAGUUUUUGCAAACAUAAGAGUAACUUAUUUUGUAUGUAAGGUUAAUUACGUUUGUUAACAUUGAAUUAUUAAGUAACAAAGAAACCAAAUACUAGAUCCAUGCCAUAUAAACCAAAUGAAACUAACCAGUUUGUGUUCAAAUUGCUGUGUACAAAACGCGUCAAUUUUUAUGUUCUAUUUCCUUCUUUAAUUUGACUUCAGAAUUGUACACAGGAUUUCGAUAUUUCAGUAUCUUUUGUACUUUCAUGUUCGUUAUAUUAUUUUGAUUUGUUGGUUUUGUACUUUUACAUUGGAGUUCUGUUCUUUUCUGUACAAUAAAUUACAUUUUCUAAGCAAUUGAAAAUUAAUAUAAUUCUAAUAUUUUAAUAUUACUUUCUCAUUUAUAUGUUGUUAUUUUUAAUGUAAAUUUCAGUAUUUUUUAUGAUGAAUUUUGAAAACAUUACAGGUUUUGUUUAGUAAACGCAUAGUACCAGCUGUACUAAACUUCAACUUUGAUAACUGAUUUUUAUUACAACAUUAUUACUUUUUAAGAAAGUUUACAUUAAUCAGUAUUAUUUAUUUCUUCUAUAUAAAGAUUCAAACAAAGUUGAUUUUUCAAUUUGUGUGUAACAGCAAUUUGUCAGAAUUAUGUUUAAUCUUUUAUUGUCAUAAACAUAUGAGCUAUAAUUAACUAGUUGCAGGUACCUUUUUUUUAAAUGAAUUUUUGUUCUCAUGAAUUUUGUAAAUAUACGAUAGCCAGCAAUGUCUAACAUUAUUAAAGUAGGACUAUUGGAUCGUAACAAAGCUGAUCUAUUAAACGAUACGUCUUAAUUUUAUUUGAAAAUCGCAUAACUUAAAAUUUCGUUAUAACUAACAGCAUUUUGAACUUAAUUUAUAAAUAUCGCUAUAACCAAGGAUUUUAUGUAAUAACGUAUAUGAUGAAACCAAAGAGUUUUAAAUAAACUUAAUAAACUUCUAUGUAACUUAUUUUCCAUUAGCUUAGUACAAUGUGUAACAUUAUAAAUAUUCUGAAAAGCAUAUUUGCAUUCAUGCUUGCUAUUACUUUAAUCUGCAGUUUCGAUCAUGUAUUACAUAAAAUCUUUGUUUCUUCCAUUCUUUGCAUUAAAGAAAUGGAAAUUAAGAACAUUUAAAAAUAUUGUAUUCAAUAUUAGUUGUUUUAAAAUGAACGAGAAUCAAUAUUUUGUUGUGUUUGUAUAUAAGAAGUUUUAGGUGUAGUAUAAUAAUACAACAUGUUAGGAAGUUGAAAUUUUUACAUGGUUUGCAUCAUGCUAAGAUAUUGUAUAACUUUAAUAAUUGGUGUAUUUCUCUAACUAAUGUUUUUACAUUCCUAUAAAGUAAAUCGUGUCCACUUUAAUUGAUAUUCUUAGAAUGUUUUUAAAUUAUACUACAUUUUUAUAAUGUUGCUAAAUUAUUACUAUCUCUAAUGGAGUAUUAUUUUAAAAGAUUAUACAAAAAUUUAUACAAUUUAUACAUAUAUCCUGCAGCUACAAAGUCUAUCCAUCCAUGAGGUCAUUGAUUAAACUGGUUUUACAGGUAUUCGAAUAUCCAUUGAUUUAAUUAAUACAAAUUUGUAAAUAUGGGUACUAUAGUUACAAUUAACUAUGUACUGAAAAUUGUAAUUACCGGGUUAAAAUAUUUUUUUAAGUAAUGAAAUAAAAAAUUUAGUAAUACAAAUUUAUUGAAAAAUGUUAACAGAUAAUGUUAUUAUUCUUAAAUAAAGCAUUGGUACACUAAUAUAAACUGUUUUCAUAAUAAUUUCUACAAAUUUCAGUACAUAAAGUGAGUUUAACCUAGAGGUACAAAUUUACAGCCACUUGAUAUAUUAUAACUAAAUGAAAAAACUGUAGAAAACCAAAAUGAAGAUGUUUAAAAAAUAGUUGUCUUAUGUUGUCAUCUAACUGCAACAAUAAUGAACAUUUCCAAUGAAAUAUGUUGUAGACUAUUUUUGAGUGGAUUUAGAAUUUUUUAAGAAGUCUUACUCUUUUUGCUAAAAACGGUUGAUUAUGUAAAUUUUCAUAGAUUACAUUUAUCAGUCAUCUAAUGUCUGAAAAACCAAUUUUCUUAUCUACGAAUAUUUUAAUACAAAUUAUUUUGACUAAAUUUUGGUAAUUAUCUUAUUAUAAUGAGAAUUCAGAUUGCUACAUUUUAUUACAUAAAAUUAUAUUAAAUUUAUAGUUAAACAAUUUAUGUUAGUAUACUGAAAUCUUUGGUACAAUCUCUUACUGAUUUAUUAGCAUUGUUAUUUUUUAAUAUUUUUGUGUGAUGGAACAUUAUUAAGCUUACUAUAUUUUUAAUAAUAUUGUAUGAAAAAAUUGGUUUCAAUGUCACUAUCUCAUUAAUUAUAAUGUGUGUUUGGUUUAUAGUAAUAGUAGGUACCUACAUAUUUGAUAACUAAUUUGUUAAUUAUUGAAUGCCUGGACAUCUGGUUUUCAAGGCCUUUAUUACUAUCAACAUUUGCUAAGAAUGAUAUUUGGAAUUUUUAUACAAAUAUUUUAGGGGAAAAUAUACUGUGGAUAAUCAUACUUGGGACUUCAUGUAGAUAUAAUAUGUAUGUAAAAUGUCGCUAUCUUGUAGGAAAUUUUCAGGAUACUUACAUCAUUUUUUGCAUAUAUACUUCAUUUCAGUAAAACUUAAAUAUAACAUAUAUUUUUGUAAUCAAUUCAGAGCAAGUAUUGUUGACUUUAUUAGAAAUUUAUUUGCAAUGUGAACGAAACUGUUACUAAAUGUUUUAUAUACCAAUUACAUCACACUAUGAAUCAUGUAAGUUUUCUGCCAUGCUAUUGUACAACUAAUAAAGGGAAAAAAAAUGGUAAAACACCGCAUGUCGUAUGCGUAACAUGUUCAAAAAGGUUUAUUGUAAUGCGGACUGUGAAAACAUAGUAACAUUGUGAUAGAAUGUUUCGAAAAGGAGAAAAUAAUUUUUAUAUUUUUAGAAGUGCAGAGAUUGAUUUAAUCUGUUCUUUCAGCUUAAUCAAUUUUACACAAUUCAGUCUACGUAAAAAGAGAAAAAUGGAAUUUAGAUAUUCUAUGAUUACGAUACCGUUGACGAUGAUACAUCAGUGUUAUAUAUAAAUAUAUAUACGUUUAAAAUGAGUUUAUUAUGAUUUGUAUAAUACUUACAUUAGGUACUUUUAUAAGCAUACCUACAUUCUCAAAUCAUGGGAGAUGAACAUUCAUAAAUGGCCAUAAAUGGUAACAUUGAAUUUAAAAAGACAGAUAGUAUUUACAAUGAACAAAAUUGGGAGGUAGCGUUAUUUGUAAUUUACUGUAAAUACAUGAAAUUAAGUGUAAACAUCUAAUUAUUAUUUCAUUUGCUUUAAUACGACCACUUUGAAUAGAUUAUCAAAGAAUUAGCCAUUGUAGUGGAAGUAAUUAUAAAAUAAAUAUAAAUUUAUUUUCUUUUAUAAAUGAAUGAAUAAAAAGUGAAUUUUUACUGAAACUUUAUAUGAUAAAAACAAUGAGUAGUAUUUACAAAUAAUACUGUAUCAGUUUUUGGUUUAUAAUUUACUUAAACAUAUAUGAAAAUGGCAUUUUUUCUUGUCGAUUUAACAAUAACAUUAAUGUUAAAAUAAAAUCGAUACAGCAGUUUUGUAAGUGCUGAGUGGUGAUGAUGUGGAUUAUUUGUAUACUAUUUUCAGAAAUUGUUAUGGGAAGAAUAAUUUUGUUACAUAUUGCAAUACAUAUAAAAGAAGUAAAACUGGUCUGUCUGUUAUCGAUAUUCAUUCAUAUAGUUGAACUUUAUUUUAAGUGAUGCUCAAACAUACUUGUCAAUCAUGAUGCUUGCACAACAUGGGUACUCUUAGGAAUGUGUUUUUGAAGACAUGAAAAAUAUUUCAAGAUGAUUAAUUUUAAAGUAUUAAGUAAUGCUCUGGCUGGUAAAAGGUUUACACGUUUAUAAAGCGAUUUGCAAAAAUGAACUAAACAGAUAUUAUUUUUCAUUUAGAUAUUGGAAUUAUGAACGUUUCAACAGUUUAUAAAUUUUGUAGUUAUAGAGACACCAAAAUAUUUUUACGAAGUAUUUAAACAUUUAUUGUAAAAGCGUAAGCGAAUAAUCGAAAGUUCUAAUAUUAAAUAGAUUGUUUGUGUAUUCAUCGUCUUGAUAAUAUAAAUUUGCACGAGCCACACUAUAAAAAAAAUUUAUAUUAAGUAGUAACAGUCAAUCCUGAAUUGUUAAGCAUGAUUAACAAUCUCGUUUGACCGCGUAUGGGUCACUUUAUAUGCAUUUUACUAUAUAUGAUCUAAAGAAUGUAGAUAUAUUGUGCCUUUUGUAUAUUGUAUAUUUGUACAUAAACAUAUUUUACAUGAAAUAUUAUAAUAAUGUAGACUAUUCACAUAAACAAUAAAUAAAACUUCAGAAAAAAUAUUUGCUACAAAUUAUUUUUUACCUUGAUAAUCUAUUAAAGUGGAAACACAAUAUUCCCUGGAAAAUUAGACUUGUGAAGCAUCGAUUAAACAAGGUGGCACACAAAUGUAGAGAAUAAUGUAUCAAUGAUUAUAUACGUAUAGAUACUUGUAUUUAUACAUUGGUAUCAUUUUUAUUUGUAAUAAAUUUUAUACAAAGUGAAGCACAUGCCUAUUUUGUAUUACUUAUUUAA